AUGAGGGAAGGAGACAGAGGAGAGCGGAGCCCCUUGCUGGGGAGAAGACCCCUCAAGGGGCGCAGGGCAGCAUGGGCAGCCGUGCUGGUGGUGGAGGGUCUGGAGCGAGCAGCGUUCUUCAGCAUCACGUCCAACCUGGUGGUCUACCUCAGCAGUGAUGCCUUUGGCUGGAGGAGAACCCAGGCGUCCUGCACCCAUCUGCUCUUCCUGGGGGCUUCCUACCUUCUCUCACCCAUCGGUGGCUGGAUGGCUGAUGUCUACCUGGGCUGCUAUGGCACGGUGGCCUUCAGCUUCUUGUACCUGCGGGUGGCAUGUCUGCUGCCUCUCACCGCAACGCUGGACGGGCGCAUCUCGGUGUGCGGCCAGCUGCCUGCUGACACCAUCCAAAACUGCUCUUGGCACGGUGGUGGGACAUGCCAGGGACAACCCUCUGAGCAGUACUGUGCCCCCACUAUCUACACCAGCCUCCUGCUCUUGGCGUUGGGCGUCAGCUCCAUCAGAGUGGGAGACCGGGGCGGUGAUGCCACGCGGCGCUUCUUCAACUGGUUCUACUGGAGCAUCAACAUUGGGGCCACCUUCUCCCUGCUUCUGGUGGCCUUUGUUCAGCAGAACAUCAGCUUCCUGGCUGCCUACCUCAUCCCUGUCGCUUAUCUGGCCUUGGCUCUCCUCAUCUUCCUCCUAGCCACCCCCACCUUCGUCACCAAGCCCCCCACAGGCAGCCAGGUCUCUGCCAUCAUCAAGCUGGCCUUGCAGAGCUGCGGCUGCACCUGGCUGGGGGGCAGCAGGGACAGCACUCACUGGUGGGAAGCUGAGGACCCUCUCCUCAAUAGCAGAUCCCAACCAGGAGCCCCUUCACCCGAGGAAGAUCUUGCCAACUUCCAGGUGCUGGCCCGGAUCCUGCCCGUGAUGCUGACCUUCAUCCCUCAAUGGAUGGUCUACUUCCAGAUGCAGUCGCUGUAUCACCUGCAAGCUCUACACCUCCACAUCCCCAACAUCUUCCAGGACCACACCAGCACCCUCCAGGGCUACACGUUCCCAGAUGUUUGGCUGUUCCUGGCCAACGUGUUGGUCUUGCUGGUCUUGGUGCCCCUGAAGGACCAUGUCAUCGACCCCUUCUUGGCCAGGCAGAAGCUCCUGCCCUCCACCCUCAAGCAGAUGACCCUGGGCACGUUCUUCAGCCUCACCUCCAUCCUUGCAGCAGGCAUCCUGGAGCGGGAACGGCUGCAGUAUGUGCGCCACAACCAGACGAUGCCACAGCUCAUGGGCAAGGACCACUACCUGGCUGCCACCCUGCCUGUCUGGUGGCAGGUCCCCCAGUACCUGCUCAUGGGCAUCAGCCAGCUCUUCACCAGCAUCUCCAGCUUGGAGUUUGCCUACACUGAGGCUCCUGAGUCCAUGAAAGGAGCCACCAUGGGUGUCCUGUUCUUCACCUCUGGGGUGGGAUCGCUGCUGGGGUCAGGGCUGACCCUCCUCUUGCUCCCAGAGGACUAUGGGAACGUCAACAGCUGCCCCAUGGAUCAUUGCCCCAUGGAUCACUACUUCAUCCUGCUGGUGGGGAUCCAGUCCAUCACCUGCUUGAUCUUCACCUGGAUCUCCAGGCGCUACCAGCGGUGCCAGGUAGAGCCAGACUCUGCCAGCAGCACCACAAGG